CAGCACGUUACGUUACUGUUGUAGUUAAAAUGGUGCCGACAGCAAGUCUAAUGGAAUCCAUAGUUCCAAUGACUUUCUGCCUCACAUUCACUGCCGCGCAUGCCGUGAAAUGGGUGAGGAGAAACCGUUCAAAAAAUGGUUACGAUAGUAUUGCCAGCGACCCGGCAAUAUCUAAGCCAGAUAUUCCGUUCUACGAAAAAACACUGCAGAGUAUCGAUCAUCCUUCGCUGCUGAAGAAAAUCAAACGUUCUGAGAUUCUUGUCACGAUUGCCACCGUUUUACAAACUCUGGAUUAUGCAGCACUGGUGACUUUGAGACUAUUGGACGUAUUCAAUGGAAAUAGCAAUGCAGUUUCUGUGUACGAGUGGAUUCGAUGCGGUUCUCUCCUUAUCGGCUGGAUAUUUGCAUCAGUUCUCAUACUCUCGAAAUCCGGCAACAAGCUUCGAUCCCAUAGCAUCUUAGAAUAUUUCAUUGCCUUUUUCUCAACCGUGACGGUAUUUAGUGCCAUCCAUUUCCGAGAGGAGCUAUAUCACUACCUAGAUCUCCAGACACCUUCGACUCAAGACAAUUGGGUCCUUGCUAUAUCAGGGGCUAUCCCUCUUGCUCUCAAUUUGCUUUUGACGAUUGUGGUUUGGGCUACUCCCUUCGAACUUGAUUGGAAACCAGUUAUAGAAAGUGGCCUUGGUUAUUGUUCUGAAAAUCGAGAAGUCAGCCCUGAAGCCACCGCUAGCGCGUUUCAGCAAUUGUAUUUCUCAUGGAUGACCCCACUUAUCAAGCUUGGAGGAGCUAAAGCCUUGGAGUUACCCGAUUUAGCUGAGCUUACACCUUAUCUUCGAUCUUUCAACGUAUGGCACCAAUUCAACCGCAAGCGAUUCAACCGUAAGGGAAAGGAGCAAUCAUUGGGAUGGAGAGUGGCAAAGGGAAAUGCUGGAGAUCUUAUCAAGCAGUUUUUUGCUGCCUUGCUCGAAGUUUUCUUCAACUUUCUGCCUCCUUUCUUCCUGGAAAAACUUCUAGUCUUUCUGCAAGAUACAAAGAAUGACCCCAAUCGCAAUCUCGAACCAGCCUACAUGUAUGUGUUUGGCAUGGUCGCCACCCUUCUUAUGAGAUCUAUUUUCGUCAACCGCACCUUUUACUACUCCCGGUCCAUGCAAAUGCGUGUUGCAGUUCAAGUUAACAGCGAGAUCUAUGCCAAGAGCUUGAAGAGGAAAGAUACCAGCGGUAUUGUCGAUGAAGACACGGCUGACGCCAUGAAAAAGGAUAGCACUGAAGACGAUGACAAGAAAACGAAAAAGGCUAGUAAAAAGGAAGAUGUCAAAGUUGGAACGGGUGUUGGAAAGAUCACCAACCUUAUGGCAAUCGAUACCCCCAGAAUUGGAUAUAUUGUUGGUUUCAUAUAUCUCGCGUACACUACUCCUCUCGCAAUUAUAUUUGCCCUCUAUUACCUUUACAAUUUGAUGGGAUGGAGUUGCUUUGUCGGAAUGACAGUUAUUCUCGUCUCAAUGCCACUCAACAGCUGGAUUCAAAAGCGAUUCACAAAAGUUCAAGAACGGUUAAUGGCUGCUCGGGACAAGCGUGUUACACUCAUGAACGAGUCCUUGCAAGCGAUUCGAAUGCUCAAGUUUUUUGCGUGGGAGAAGAGUAUCUCGGAGAGGAUUAUAGCUGCUCGUCAAAUCGAAUUGCGCAAAUUGGUUUCCAUGUUUUUUGUGAAUGCUGCAUUUGUCAUGCUAUGGAAUUCUACCCCUAUGAUAGUUACCAUUGUGUCGUACUUCUCGUUCACUGUAUUGCAGAAAGAGAAUUUAACACCUGCUAUUGUCUUUACUGGUAUCACUUUGUUCGAGAGACUAAGGUUUCCCCUCAACGUUCUCCCCGAAAUCUUGAUGGACUUGGUUUCUGCCAGAGUCAGCUUGCGUAGAAUCAACCAGUUUCUCAAUGAAGACGACGUACAAAGCGUCAAUGAUUUUCAAGGUCUGCAUGAUAACGAGGAACCUCAAAUCAACGGCAGUGAGGACAGCAACAAAAUCGGCUUUAAAAACGCAACCUUUCAAUGGCACACAGAUACAACGAGCGAGGAAAGGUCUAAAAGUGAUGUGGAACAAACAGCUAACAAAAGCUUCAAGCUGCUGGAUUUGGAUGUCACCUUUCCGUUAGGUGAAUUAUCUAUCAUUUGUGGUUCAACCGGUAGCGGCAAGACCUCACUUUUAUUGGCAUUGCUUGGAGAAAUGGAUGUUGAGUCUGGCGAAGUUUAUUUACCCAAGAAGACCGUAAACGUCGAUAAUGCCAACCCUAACAACAUUUCAUAUUCUGGAGUUGCAUAUGUUGCUCAAACUGCUUGGCUGCAGCACAAAUCUCUGAGGGAUAAUAUCUUGUUUGGACUGCCCUAUGAUGAGGAAAGAUAUAAUAAGGUUAUUUAUGCAUGCGCUUUGAAAAGGGACCUGGAAAUUCUGGAUGAUGGAGAUCAAACCGAAAUUGGGGAACAAGGUGUCACCUUAUCCGGAGGUCAGAAGCAGCGUGUGUCGUUGGCCCGCGCCAUCUAUUCGCGAGCUCGGCAUAUCUUAAUGGACGACGUCCUUUCUGCGGUCGAUAGUCAUACAGCCAAGCAUAUUUAUCGAAAUUGUCUUCGAAGCGACCUCAUGAAGGGCCGCACAAGAAUUUUGGUUACACAUCAUGUUCGACUUUGCUCUGGAGCUGCUAAAUAUCUGGUUAAAAUGGACAAUGGCCGAAUUGCUUUACACGGAAAAGUUCAGGAUGUUCUAAAGAGCGAGUUUCUCCAUGAUGUAGUCGGCGAUGAAGGCACUGAGUUCGUCGAAGAUGAUGAUGAAGCCAUUGAAGAGGGUGCUAUUGAUUCAACUACAACAACGGUUACGGAAGAAAGCUCGUCUCAAGAACAAACCAUCAAUGCCGAAAACACAGCAUCUAAGAAGCCGGUACACACUUUGAUUCAAUCCGAAGGUCGUGAGCGUGGACGAGUCAAGUCUCAGAUCUACAAAAUGUAUAUCAACGCUUCUGGCGGUAUCCCUUAUUGGAUUCUCAUCAUCCUUCUCUUCUGUCUUGUUCGAGCAUUCAAUGUGGGUGAAUCACUUUGGCUCAAAAGAUGGGCGGAUGCCUACGCUACUGAGGAGGCACCCACAACAAAUAAUAUUAUGGCAAACUAUAUGCACACGCAAGAAAAGGAAGGAUCAUUCUCCAACUAUUUCUUUACCAUUUCGCAGAACCCUACAAACUUUCUCUUCAUGGGUGGCAGUCGAGCUAGCAAUCUCACCACUUUGAGCGCGGAUGAGCCCCAAUCUGUCGAUUUAGUUUAUUACCUUGGAAUCUUCUUGCUGAUUGAUUUUUGCGCUGUGAUAGCAAACGUUAUCCGAAUGUGGGUACAGUUUUAUGGUUCUCUAAGAGCAAGUAAGAUUCUGUACGAGAGAUUGCUUGAUACGGUGUUCCGUGCGCCUAUACGAUUCUUUGAUACCACUCCUGUUGGGCGUAUCAUGAAUCGAUUCGCUAAAGAUUUUGAAGUCGUCGAUGCCGGUAUCACUAGUCGCCUUGGUUCUGUCAUUCAAAAUUUGAUUGGAUGCUUGUCCGUAUUUGCUGUCAUCUUUACCGUAACCCCUGCUUUCUUGAUUGCUGCCGUUAUCAUAUGUGGUAUGUUCUACUCGGUCGCGGCUAUGUACAUCCGCUGCAGUCGUGAACUCAAGCGGCUGGACUCUAUCACCAGAUCUCCUAUUUAUUCACAUUUUGGAGAAACCCUAAUGGGACUCUCUACCAUUCGAGCGUUUGGUGCUGAAUCUCGGUUUAUGGAUGAAAACUUGAAAACCAUUGAUGGCAAUAUCAGACCAUUCUGGUUCUUAUGGGGAGGCAACCGAUGGCUUUCUGUCCGUGCCGAUAUGAUAGGAGCGGGCAUUACCUUGAUUACUGGUGUCCUUCUCUUGAUUCGCAUCAGCGCUGGAUACAUGGACGCCGGUCUGGCCGGUUUGGCACUUUCGUGGGCUCUCCAGUUUGUUCCACAGGUCAAUUGGCUCGUACGUAAUUAUACACAAGUGGAAAUGGACCUUAAUUCCGUUGAGCGUGUACAAGAAUAUUUGGAAUUGGAACAGGAACCUCCGACUAUCAUCACCAAUUCACGUCCUAGCGCAGCUUGGCCCACGGAAGGAUGUGUCUCCGUAAACAAUCUCCACAUUCGUUAUGCAUCUGAUCUCGAAACGGUGUUGCGUGGCAUUACAUUUGAGACAAAGCCAAAGGAAAAGAUUGGAGUCGUUGGCAGAACUGGUUCUGGCAAAUCUACUUUGGCAAUGUCGCUGUUCCGAUUUGUAGACCCUGUUGAAGGUUCCAUCGUCAUCGACGGCAUCGAUAUAACAACGAUAGGCACAGAAGAUCUUAGAUCGCGCUUGACUAUCAUCCCACAAGAUCCCAUUUUGUUUUCAGGCACUAUCCGAUCUAACCUUGAUCCAUUCAACCAGCAUGACGACGCUGUCAUCAUGGAGUCGUUAGAGCGUGUCCAUUUACUUAAAGACUCUGGUAUUUCCACUCCUCUUCGUGACGACUCCUCUUCAGUAACGCCGGUAGAAGAGAACAAUGUCACAGUGUUCAAGAACUUGGAUUCAGCCGUCAGUGAAGGUGGUGGUAAUUUCAGUCAAGGUCAGCGUCAACUGCUGUGCUUAGCGAGAGCUUUAUUGAGAAACUCAAAGAUCAUUGUUAUGGAUGAAGCUACCGCCAGUGUAGACUUUGCUACGGAUCAUAAAAUUCAAACUACUAUUCAAGAAGAGUUUAACAACAGCACUUUGUUAACUAUCGCUCACAGACUGCGAACUAUUAUUCAAUACGACCGCGUGUUAGUCCUUGAUCAUGGUAAAGUGAUGGAAUUCGAUACGCCACAUAGUCUUUUACAAAAGGAAGACAGUAUUUUUAGAGACAUGUGCUUGAAAUCUGGAGAGCUGGAGAUCCUCAUGCAGAUGGCACAAGAAAAGGAAGAAAGUGCUGUUGAGAAUUAGUUAGGUGUCAUCUAGCCAAAUCAACCUCGCCAGUUGAAAGUAUAUAAUUUAUGUGCAUUAUUUAAACAGCAUAGAGGAAUAAAUCACUACUUAUAUCACCAC